AGGGUUGUCUAGGAAUACGGAACUUCCGUAAUCCUAGAACCGGAGGCUAGGAUUACGGUACCGUAAUCGUAGCCACUGCCGUCCAAAUAAUAGGACGUUUCGGGACAGCACUGUCUCCAUCACGUCCAAAUUUAUUCUGCAUAUUUCUGUUAGGAAAUCCCUAAUGAAAUCCGCUGGGAACAUUUUCUGGUACAUGUACAAAGUAUUUAAUGAUUACAUCUCUGAUGAUGAAUUUAUGUUGAUAUUUAAGCAUAAACUUACCUUGCUGACAUUUUAUGAAUGUAAUUUUUGUGUUUUGUUUCUGCAGUUUAGUGUCAUCGGCAGUCUGCUGUUUAUAGAAACUAGUGCUCCUCGCACCUGUCGCAUCAUUUUUUUCGAAGAUGUAUAAGUCUCUUAUUUAAACAUAUGAAUUAAAUUCAACCCAUUUAAAGUUUCUACUCGUAUGAAUAUUAAUGUUUAAUUUAUUAAAUCAAGUAAGUCUGACCAGAAUAUUUUGGCUUUUUUAAUGUUUUCGUUUUCCUAACAGUAAAAUGCAGAUAAGGGUAAGGCUUAGAGGGAUGACAACUAUAAAAUAUCAGAUCAUAAAAUAAGUCAAAUGAGUAAGGCUAAGUCAGUCCCUCUCCAGUGGAUAUCCGCACAGGCGUUUGAGAGUAUAUCGUUGAAGUUGGAGAAUAUAUGUCAUACGGACGCAUGGCAAUGCGUGUGAUCAGUUGUUUAUACAGAAAAGAAGCUAUUGUUACAUACAAUAGGACAUUUCCUUUAGCAGGGUGGCAGGUAUUACGAAAUCUGGCAAAAUCUUAAAAGUACACACCAGGAAUUCAUGAUGUUUCUGAAGAAAACUGUAUUGUGAGUCAGCAUUUAGUUGAGACAGAAUGGCAUCAAAAAUCCUACAGAAGUAUCCCCUCUUUCGUCUAGCUUAUCUGCAGAAAUAUUGUACUGCUGUCAAGGCAACAAAAUCAAGUGUCCCAGAGGUUCUUACUAGUCAUAGGGAUGGUCGAGUAUCUGAGAUAAUCGAUGUUCGCACACCGGCAGAGUUUGAAGAAGACCAUAUCCCCGGGGCUAUAAAUUUACCAGUCCUUACAAAUGACGAAAGAGUGACAGUCGGGAAACAGUACUCGUUAAAUCAGUUUGAAGCCCGCAAAACUGGAGCUGCUGUUAUUUCAAGAAAUAUUGCGAGACAUAUUGAUGAUUAUUUCCAGUCUCAGAAAGCUGAGUAUAGACCCCUGAUAUACUGCUGGCGAGGGGGUCAGAGGUCAUACAGCAUGGCCCUUGUAUUGGCCCAGAUUGGCUUUCAGACGUUUGUGUUAGACAAGGGGUACAAACAAUACAGGGCAGUUGUUCGUCAAGAGUUGGAAAACUUGCCAGAAAAAUUUCAGUUUAAGGUUAUAUCAGGUCUCACAGGAAGUGGCAAAACAAAGAUUCUUCAAACCUUGGCAUCACAGGGUCACCAAGUCCUUGACUUAGAGGCCCUAGCUAAGCACAAAGGUUCAGUCUUGGGACUCUGGCAUGGUGAGACACAGCCGUCACAGAAAUACUUUGACUCUCUCUUAUGUGAUAAAUUACACACAUUCACAACUUCCAGACCAGUGUGGCUGGAAUCUGAGAGUGUUCGAAUAGGAACUAUACAUAUUCCUCAAAAAUUCUUCAAACGGUUACAGGCUGCACCAAGAUUCUGUGUUCAUCUUCCAAUAGAAGAAAGAGUUAACCAUAUUAUCAAAGACUAUCCAAAUUGGAUUGAACAUACAGAAGACCUCAAAUUAAUCAUUCAAAAACUGGUGAAGGUGGCUGGUCAUGAGCGUGUCAAUGACUGGUUGGCCUUGAUUGAUAAAGGUCAGUGGAAGGACUUUGUGAGAAAGAUUCUCCUAGAACAUUAUGAUCCGACCUACUUGCUGUCACAAAAGAAAAAUAAUCGGUCAUCAUUAGAAACUGAAUAUUUAAAGAUAGAAAAUCUUGAUGAUGAAACACUCAUAAAUCUUGUUGAUAUGUUGGGAAAUUCUUAGCCCAAGAUUCUUAGUGAUUUGUGUGUAGUGAAGCAUUAAUGUUACCUUCAGUGGAAUGAUUUAAAAAAUGUUAAAUGAAUAUUUACGAUGCACGUAAAAGUUUUCCUUGUUUUAUGACAUAAGUUCAAGGUCAACAGUCAAGAUCUGGUGAGCAGCUAGGGGCUCUCCAUUCAGUAAUGUCAGUUCAAGGUCAUUCAGUGAGAUCAAAAGCCAUUUAGGGAAUAUUUUAUGUGUGCUCUGUUUCUUUUUAACAUGUUCAGUGAUUUUCAAGUAACUUGGCACACAGGUUUUCUAUGAUAGAACUGUUAGAACAUGACUUUCAGACAUGUUAGUUCAAAAUCAAGGACAAAUGCUGAGGUCGAAGAUCAAAUGGGCAGGUUUUCUUGUCAAAACCAUAUCUUUUUGACUCUUUGUUCAUGGCCAACAGAUCUCUCUGUGUUAUGGCCAAAUACAAAGUAAUUUAUCAAUUCAGCAGAAGUGUUAAAAAAACCCUUAAGGGUAGACAUGCUCUUUUUUUCAGAGGUUAUUUCAUGUUUUAGUAUUUGAAUUUUUUAAAUUGAAAAUUUUCUUGAGUAUUAAAGUUUUAUUCAUGAUUUUUGUACAUUAUUUUGGCGAUAGAUUUAAUUUGGCACUCUGAACAAACGGCCAGUACAGCCAAAAUAAAACUCCAAAAUUUUUACAUAUGCAGUGUUGAACUUACAGUAUUCUUUUUUAAAUUAUUUUACUGUUUGUAUAAUUUAUUGUACCUGCCGACAACAAAGUUGUAAGGGGGGGUAUACUGGUUUCAGGUUGUCUGUCUGUCCGUCCGUCUGGCCAUCUGGCCGUCUGUCUGUAGACGCAAUCUUGUGCGCACCAUCUCUCCUUAUCCCCUUGACAGAAUUUAAUGAAACUUCACACAAGUGAUCAGUACCAACAGUAGUUGUGCAUGGGGCAUGUUAGGUUCUUUUAGAAAAAAAAUUUGCAGAGUUAUGGGACUUUGUUUUUUUGUUACUAUACUAUAUACAUAGACACAAUCUUGUGCGCACCAUCUCUCCUCAUCCCCUUGACACAAUUUAAUGAAACUUCACACAAGUGAUCAGUAACAACAGUAGUUGUGCAUGGGGCAUGUUAGGUUCUUUAAGAAAAAAAAUUUGCAGAGUUAUGGGACUUUGUUUUUUUGUUACUAUACUGUAUACAUACACACAAUCUUGUGCGCACCAUCUCUCCUCAUCCCUUUGACACAAUUUAAUGAAACUUCACACAAGUGAUCAGUAACAACAGUAGUUGUGCAUGGGGCAUGUUAGGUUCUUUCAGAAAAAAAAUUUGCAGAGUUAUGGGACUUUGUUUUUUUGUUACUAUACUGUAUACAUACACACAAUCUUGUGCGCACCAUCUCUCCUCAUCCCUUUGACACAAUUUAAUGAAACUUCACACAAGUGAUCAGUAACAACAGUAGUUGUGCAUGGGGCAUGUUAGGUUCUUUCAGCGACAAAAAUUGCAGAGUUAUGGGACUUUGUUUCUUGUUAACAUACUAUGUACAUACAGUCUGCAUAUGCAAUCUUGUGCGUUCCUAAUCUACCAAACCCUUACACACAAUUUAAUGAAACUUCACACAAGUGAUCAGUACCAACCCUAGUUGUGCAUGGUGCAUGUUACAUUCUUUUAGAUAAAUAUUCUGCAUAGUUAUGGGACUUUGUUUUUUGUUACUAUACUGUAUACAUACAGUCUAUAUACAUACAGUCCACAUAAUUAUGCAAUCUUGUGUGCGUCAAAUUGCAAUGUACUGUGUCAGUGCAUGCGG